GGCCGGCAGAGGGUGCUGGCGGCCGGGGCUGCGGAGCGGCGGGAGCCGGGCCGGGCCGGGCGAUGGUGAACGUGGGGCUGUCGCGGGUGGACGACGCGGUGGCGGCCAAGCACCCGGCGCUGCCGGAGUACGUGGCCUGCCAGUCCCGGGCCUUCGUGAAGGGCAUGAGCGCCUUGGUCGCAGGCACUGGAGUCGUUCUCGUGCUCCAGAACAUGAUCAGCAAGAGGUGGCCCUACGCGCUGCAGUGGAAGAUGCUGCUGUCUGUGGUGGCAGGUUCCAUCGCUGGCUACGCUGUGACCAAAACAGAGACCCAGAAGUGUUCCAACCUCUGGAUCUACCUGGAGACAGGCCAGUUUCCGCAGGGAGAAACCAGAGAAAAACUCCCCAGCCCAGAACCCACAGAGGACGCGGAAUCAAGGGUGAAGAGGAACAAAUACGGAGAUGAAGUGGAGUAGCUGGGGAAGCUUUGAGCAACUUGCCUGGGCCCAUGGUGGCUUCAGCCCUGCUCCUGCGGCAUGUGUCCCCAGGGCUAUAGCCACAGGGUGAUACCAAGGGACAUAGCAGCAUGCCACCCCUGGCCUGGCAGUCGGUAGGGAAGUGUGGGGAACCUUCAGCUCUCGCUGACCUCUGAGGGAGCAGCAGCAGCUGCUGGGUGCUUAAUAAAGGUGGAUUACAGA